GGGUGUUGUCUCUUUAGAAUGAGCUGCUGCUCAGGUUUAUAUUAGGCAGGGAGUGACUCCUCUGAACGUGGCCUCUGCCUUGGCAAAACUCCCACUGGCCUGUCACUUAUUCUAUCACUGGUGAAAACUGCUGAGGGCCACUGAAAGAAAGGAUAAGGACACUAGGAAGAACCAAAGUUCAGAGACUGUUUCCACUGCUUCCUUGGGUCUGUCAUCAAUUUAUUUGCCCCCGUGGGGCAGUAUUUUUUUAAGACUGUUUUUGUAUAUAUUUAUUUAUUUAUUUUUGGCUGGGGUGACUGUAUCAUCAGAAAGACAACAGUUUAUUAGUUGUCUGAAGAAAUAAAGACAAGAUGUUGCAAGAGCUGUUUUCAAGCGUCUGGAGGUUCUACGACUAUCUUCUGAAAAGAACUGAUGCCAGAGUGCGUGAUUAUCCGCUGAUGCAGAGUCCCAUUCAGAUGACGGUCAUCUUGCUGGGAUAUGUGUUCUUCGUUUUAUACGUGGGACCACGUUUCAUGACCAAUCGCAAACCUUUCCGCCUCAACACAACUAUGAUCGUCUAUAACUUCUCUAUGGUGGCCUUCAACGCCUACAUUGUUUAUGAGUUCUUGAUGUCUGGCUGGGGAACAACGUACACUUGGAGAUGUGACCUCUGUGACACCUCCAACAGUCCUCAAGCUCUCAGAAUGGUUCGAGCAGCCUGGUUAUUCUAUUUCUCUAAAUAUGUUGAACUUCUAGAUACGGUGUUUUUUGUGUUGAGAAAGAAGCACAGUCAGGUGACGUUCCUGCAUAUCUUCCAUCAUUCCAUCUUGCCCUGGACUUGGUGGUGGGGCAUUACUCUUACUCCUGCUGGUGGCAUGGGUUCUUUCCAUGCUUUGGUGAACGCGUGUGUCCACGUCAUCAUGUACACCUACUACGGUCUAGCUGCUGCAGGGCCACGCUUCCAGAAGUAUCUUUGGUGGAAAAAGUACAUGACGGCUAUCCAACUGAUUCAGUUUGUACUGGUGUCUGUCCACAUCUCUCAGUAUUACUUCAUGGAAAAGUGUGAAUACCAAGUUCCCAUCUUCAUUCAUCUCAUCUUGAUCUAUGGCACAUUUUUCUUCAUCCUCUUCUCAAACUUCUGGAUUCAGGCUUACGUAAAGGGCAAGCGACUACCUGUUUCUAAGGAGGACAAACCCAAACAGAAUGGCAUUAUCACUGUGAUUGAGCCUGUGGUAGUGGCCAAUGGCAAACACUUGGAAAACGGCACUGUGCACUACACUAAUGGAUUUGCCCACAAUGGGAAAGUGAAGGAGGUCUAAGUGGACCUGGCGUCAGAGACAUGGUUGUUAGAUUAUUUUUGUCAAAUUUUCAUUUUUUUUUUUUUUUAUGAUUGUAUGGGAGAUGAAAUGGCACAUUGGAUCUGGCGGUGGGUCCCCCUUUCCUUGUAUUUAUGGAUGUUGGAGGCUGGGGAGCACUAUGCAUGAAGAGAAUUCGUCCACUGAAGUUGGCUUCAUUGACGUCACUCUGAAACCUGACAGCAUGUCUGUGGUUUAAUCCAGUUGACCUUGGCUUUUUCCUGGCAUAUGAGUCUCCCAGUUGUUUGCACACUGUACAGUUCUCACAAACUUAAACUUGACUGUAAAUAAAUAUUUUCUCAGUUUAUUGGAAA